CAUCUCCUUCCGCCCGCAGUCUCUUGAUAUAACAAUUUUCCAUUUGGUUUGUUCCGAUAUUUCAGCAUUGAAGCGUAAUAGUCGUGCAAGAGAGCCUCCCCUUCCUCUAUCCGAAUCGAUAUCAGGCACGAAAAUGGAAGAAAUCAUUCGCACCGAGGAAGCAGAGUGCGGCAAUUUCACGUACGACGCCUCCGAAUACGGCAACCGCCGCGGGGGGUUCCCAGAGGAUGAUGUUUUUGGAGAGGAGGGAGUGAUCCGCAGGCCGUCUAUCAGAUAUCGUACUCGAAACUACAUCCUGAGCCUGAACUACGUGCAAGCACAGAUUGCCGGCUUCGCACCAUUGAUCGUAGCGAUGUACAACAACGAUCUCCGAAGAGAACUUCUUGACAAUGCGCUGCGGCGCGGAACGUUUGCGCCGCAGCUUGAGAGCAUCCUUGCGGGUCUACCACAGGUCGCGGGAAAGGUCGUAGCGUUCGGGAGUAACGGUAACAUAUUCGGAUUCACGGCCGCUGUUGCACAACGAGAGGACUUUGAAUGCUACCAGAUGGUGGCCAUGCGGGCAGUUCAAAGGGUGUUGUCGGACCGGCAUCCGGGACGCGAGAUCCCAUGCUUUGUUCAGGAUCGCUUCUACCGGGCUGCGGAGUCCCACUCUCACCCCGUGCAGCCAAUUCACUACGUCGACGACCCCACGGGCAUUCUGGAAGUUGAUGAAACCGCCGUCGUAGUCGUGACCGCACCGGAAAGGGAGCUCCCGGUUGUAGACAUCAUCGCCGACGUCGCUCUGACUCGACCGGCUGCGAUCUUAUGCGAAAGACUGUCUCUCGUCCCAACAAGCGUUCGGUAUCCCGGUUUAGCAGACCCGCCGGGUGAGAGGAUGCUCCGACUCGAGUACAAGGAACACGUUCCGCCGGAAGGUUGGGCCUCAUCAAGCCAAGCUGCCAAAGACAGAGCAGUCUACAUAUUGAGACACCUGAACUCUCGGCCCAAUCCCGAUGGCAACGUUACGGAACACACCAACGCCCAACAGCAUACAGAGGAUAUCGACCGUGGAGCGGGGACGGGGGAGAAUCCCUGGGAUUGGGGUGUUCACUAG